AUGCCGACGCUCGAGUCGAUUCUGGCUCGGCUGAACGGUUCCAAGUGGUUCUCUACGAUCGACCUAACGAGUGCAUUCUUCCACGUGGUCCUGGACGAGCAAUCGAGGCACUUAACGAACUUCUUCUCCGGUCAGGACAUGUACCGGUUCGUACGGCUUCCGUUUGGUCUGACAAACGCACCGGACGUUUUCAAGAGGCUCUCCAGACUAACGUACUUGCCGGUUGCGAGGACACAAGCAGAACACGAUUCGAACUUGAGGAAGGUACUUUCAAGGCUCCGGAGUCACGGUGUGCGGUUGAAUGAGCAGAAGUGCGUAUUUCGCAAGAACAGCGUGAAGUUCUUGGGAUUCCAGCUUUCGUACGAUGGGCUGAGCGUCGAGGAGGAUAAACUGAAAGCGCUGGAGAACUUCCGUCGUCCCGAGAAUUUGCAGGAAGUGAAAAGUUUUCUUGGCUUGAUUAAUUUCUCGGAGCGCUUCAUCUUGAAGCGAGCGGAUAAAACGGAGAACCUUAGGAACCUCAGUAGGUCGGAGACGUUCUACUGGACAGACUGCGAAGAGGAGGAGUUUCUGUACUUGAAGUACGAGGCGCUCUCAUCCAUCAAGAAGCUUGGAUACUUUGACUGCAACGAUAAAACGGAGCUGUUUGUCGACGCGUCGCCGAUUGGCCUUGGGGCCGUCCUGGUUCAGUACAAUAACGAAGGUACACCCCGGAUCAUCGCGUGCGCUUCUAAAGCUUUGUCAGCGAGCGAGCAAAAGAACCCCCAGUCGCAGAAAGAGGCGCUUUCGAUCGUUAACCAGAACAUCGCCGACGCGCUGUCACGCUUGAUAGAUAAAUCACAAAUCGACGAACCCUUCGACGACAUCAACGAGAAGCACGUUUUGUAUGCCCUUGAUGCCGCCCACAUGAACCUCUCUUGGAACACGAUAGAGAUCGCAUCUGAAACUGAUGAAGAAAAUUGUGCCGUUCGAUCAGCAUUGCAUACCGGAGUGUGGCCAGAAAACCUUCGUCGCUAUGAAACACAAUCGAAAGAGCUCCGCGUGCUGGGUUCACUGGUUUUCAAAAGCGACAAGAUCAUUCUUCCUCUGAAGCUUCGUCGGACCGCGAUCGAGAUUGCUCACCAGGGACACGUCGGGUGCGGGGCUACCAAGAAGCUCCUUCGGGACUACUUCUGGUGGCCCAACAUGAGCAAGGAGGCGGUCGAGUUUGUCGGCAAGUGCGAAGCUUGCCUAAUGGUAUCAAGAAAAAACCCGCCCCUACCACUCUCCAGCCGCACACUUCCCCAAGGACCUUGGGAGAUCUUACAGAUAGACUUUCUGACACUGAACGGAUGUGGAUCGGGGCAUUUCCUUGUCAUAGUUGAUAUGCACUCAAGGUUUUUGCAAGUCAUUGAAAUGAAAACCACCGAUUGCACAAAAACCAACGCCGCGCUCUGCAAAGCGUUCACUACCUGGGGACUUCCGCUCAUCAUCCAAAGCGACAACGGCCCGCCUUUUCAGAGCCAAGAAUUUACAGACUUCUGGGAAGACAAAGGUGUUCGGGUGCGCAAGUCGAUCCCCCUCAGUGCCCAGUCAAAUGGAGGCGUCGAACGACAAAAUCAAGGCAUAAUAAAGUCGAUUUCCGCUGCCAAAGCCGAGCAACGAAACUGGAGGGAAGCCCUACAAGAGUAUGUGCACGUGCACAACACCAGGAAGGAACACUCGCGCCUCGGGGUUACACCGUUCGAGCUGUUGGUGGGCUGGAAAUACCGCGGAACUUUUCCAGCACUCUGGGAAACUAAGUCUUCAGAGAAGGUCGAUAAAGAACAGGUAGCCGAGGACGACGCCGCAUCUAAACUGUGCAGUAAAAAGUUCGCUGACAACAGCAGGGGCGCCAAGGAGUCCGACAUUCAACCUGGCGAUAGGGUGGUCAUUUCUAUCCCGCAACGUAACAAACUGGACCCGUCCUUUUCGAGAGAGAGGUAUACCGUGCUAGCAAGGAAAGGGGCGAAAGUGGUCGUUAGGAGUGACUGCGGGGUUCAGCUGGCUCGAAACGUGCAGGACGUCAAGCGCGCACAAGAUUUCAGCGUUGAUAGCGAGUCUGUUGGGGACGACGCCGAUGACACGCUGACGAAUGUACCACCCGACGCGCGGGACCAUAACUCGGAGACAGAACAGCAAGAGAAUCGGCAGCCACCUGCGACCAACAAUUCAUCGGACGUUCGCAGGAACCUCGACGAUUCGGAGGCGGCCCAGAUCCCGGCCCUAGAGACCCUAAAUAGAUAG